AUGGCAAGCGGCCCUCCCCGAGCCGACCCCUGUGACCCCCAGCAGCAAGUCGAGCCUCCCUGUGAUGUGGAAAGUAACCGGGGGUCAAAGAGGAGAAUUCUGGGGAGGAUCUGCAGCUGCAGAAACAGCAGGGCAAGAGUGGGCAGACGAGAUGUGGGCCUGCCACUGGUCAGGGGGCAGGAUCUGCACGGAGGUGUUGAUGAGGGGAACAGGACACGGCGAAUUCCACAGAUAAGUGGCGCGGGCAGUGUGGGCGGCAGUGUGUCAGCAGCCAUACAGCGAGUUGCAGAGACCAGAACGGCAGCUCCCUGCCUCUGUCAGAACGGGGGCGGGCCCAGAGGCCUCAGCCACGCAGGCGUGGUGCUGUCCCACAACCACAGGGUGGAGCUGUGCCUGCAGGGAAGUGUGUCACAGGAGGAACAAAACGUCCGUCAGCUCGAUCCCAGCAGGCCAUGGGGCGGCCAAGGGCUUGAACAGAGCAGGAUCCCCACCCACGAUGUUCCCCAAGCAGCGUUCGCUAAGAUGCAGGCUAGUGGGCUGGGCCUCUCUGUGGUGAGCAGUGGGACCCUCACCCAGAUCCCCCCCACCCUGAGUGUGACAUGCAUAUGGUCCUGCUGGAGGCUGGGCGAAAGACUCUAAAAGACAGGAGCCAAGGAGUUCAUCAGAAACAAGACGGGCGAUCAAGAGCCUGUGAACGUAAGAACCCUGAGCUGAAUUUGUCUCGCGGCGAAGCUUUGAAGUUCCUGUUGUUCCUCGCUCCACCCCUCUGCACCCCUCUCCUGUGCCUCUUGAGCAAGGCCUGAGCUCUAGCUUUGGAAAAGGCUACACGAACUGCCUUCAUCCCAGCAUGAUUCCCCAAGUCUCACCCAGAGAACUGAGCAUUGGCACAGCCACUCAUUAAGAGCGCCACGCUAAUCUCUGUUAGCGCAAUACGCUGGGGCAACUUCAAACGAGGAACUUGGAGGUCAUUUUGGAGCCAGUGACUUUCUUGCCAUAGGCGUAUCCUUUGGAGACCGGUUCUCUCAUUAUGCCUCAUACGGCAAUAGUUUUAGCCCAUGAUAAAUAGCAUGCCAGUGCUUAAUUCACUCAAGUGGAUAAAAAAAUUAAAUGGUCAUGACAGCGUAAGGAAAAUGCAAUUGCUGUGGCAUGCUCAGUAUGUAAUGGAAUAAGGAGUGCCAGUCUUCUCUGACAGGGAUGUGUUGUUACUGGUAAAAUGUUUUUAAUGUGUCUGGUUUUGCAGUGCUGGUUAGAAAUGGAUGCAAUAGCAGUAAUGCUGUAGAUUGCCUUAAUAAGUAUAGAAGGGUUUAACUGGCUAUUAGUCAGCUGCCAAUAUGACUGACAAAACAAUACAAAGCUGCAUAAUACUUCUAAUACUUAAAGCAUGGGACGUGCACAUGUGUGUGUGUUUGUGUGUAUCUGUACGUGUGUGUGUGUGUGUGUGUAUGAGAGAGAGAGAGAGAGUGUAUAUAUGUGAGUAUAUUAGCUUGUAUGACAAACAUGUGGUGAAAGAGCAGAAGAGGAAACCUGAAAAUCAAAUUGCAAGCCAAUUUUUGUCCUAUUUUCAAAUUUAAAACCUACCAAAGCUGGAAUUACAAGCCACUCAUUUGACCUAAAUGUUGCAUCCUUUAUACAUUUCGAUUUGGGACCUCAUUCAAUAAAUACAAAAUCAGAUUUGUCCUUAACAAAUUUAAGUAACUUGAAUUACUAUUUCUGCCACCAUUAAACUCUCAAGUCUCUUACAUGCAUGUAUAUUAUUGCAAACUAAAGUACCCUACACUAAUCUCUUAUGGUAUUGCACUUGCAUUUUGCUCAGUUUGACACCAAAAAAAUAACUGCCAUUUGGAAUUUUUCCAUUCACAUACCACCAUGCGCACCAUUUAAAAUAAAAAAAGAUAUUUAUGUGCCUAACAUCUAACUCUUGGUGUGAAUAUGAUUAAAAUGGCCCCUGUGAAAGCACUGCAUAGCAUGGAUGUGACCGUACAUUAUUGAAUGUAAUCCAUUUACAGCCACUUGAAACACUGCACACAUCCUGGCCUGCUGGUGAGAAAUGUCUCCUUUCCUGCGGGCUAUUUAGAGACCCUAUAGAGGGGCCCUAUGGUAGCGUGGCUAUUAUACUCUCUGAUCUGUGCGCCGUCUCGAACUACACGCCGGGAAAAGCAAUUGAUUUAACACAAUGCUUGUAAAAAAAAAAAGACAGCAU